UGUUCUUUCUCUCUAGGCACUGUCUUCACGGCCGUCCGCGAGAAAAGCAGCACAAACUCGUUUUUCUCUUGUGUCCCCUCUUAGCAACUACGAUCAAACAAUCACCUGGCCAGAAAAAAAAAACGGGAACAGAGAACAGGAAGCGCCUUUUUUGUGUUCGCUUGCUGCAAGGAAAAUUGUGACGCUUGCCGUGGUGUUGGUAAUGGUACGGUGUUGGUCCGUACGGGAUGCUAGCUGAGCAAACAACACCAUACGUGCUGCAGCAACAGCAACUUGCCCCUUCCCGUGCUCGUGAAGUUGUUUUCGUAAUGUAAAUCGAAUUCCCGUGCGUUUCCUCGGUGUUUCACAUCCGUCCGCCGUCGGUGCACGUAGCCAAUGAGCGAGGAAGCACUGUUGCACUGGUGCUGCUGCUGGUGAACAGAUGAUCAGCGUCGGGUAACUCGUGCUCGAGCUGAGAACGCGUGUGAUGAAAGAGACCCUUUUGCCCACCUGGCCACCUGGUAGUGUUGUAACCGAGGAAGCUGUUAUUUUCUUUCUCGCCCUCGACUACCGCUGGUAGUUGAUGCUUUGCAUCGAUCGACGGGGAACAGCCACGCAGCAUGCUUUCGGGGUAACAAAUGUGGCAGCAAGCGGACGCAGUAGUGAAGCAGCGCAACGAAGCAUCAGCGGACGAAAGCAAGCAUCACCACCGAGCCGUGCGUUGGAUGGAGAACCGUGUGAUGUGCCCAGUAGAAACUGACGGACAAAAUGAGGAACGUUCUAUCGAGUGUUUACCUUUCCACGAGCAUCCUGCACGCCUGUAGUGCUAUACCGAUCCCGUACGUGGCGCACACAGGACAUCAUGACGCGGUCAUCAUCGGGGUGCUAGCGUGCCUUGGCCUUGGUUCGUUCAUAAUGGGGUUUUGUAUUUUCUGCAAAAAGAAGAGCGGAAAGUUUAAGAAAUUCAAAGAUGGAGACAUCAUACAGGAAGUGAUUGCAACGGAAUACCCCAUACUGAAGGCGCUAAACGUGCUGGAUUCUUCUGUACCAUGUGCUGUCAUCCCGUCGAGCCCUAAUAACCUUUCAACCGAUAAUCUGCUCGAUAAGAUUGAAACGUACCAGAUCGACGUUGAUCAUCCGCACGAUUCGUACUGUACCCGGAGAAGCGACCCACUCACCUGUACGUACGACGAGUUCGAUCCGAACGAUGAAUCGGACGAUAGGACGGAACGGACCGCUACCACUGCGACGGUGGAACCGGUGGUAGGCGAUGAACCGCUGCUCUUUUCCGACGUGUUUGAUGAAUCGCUCGAACGGAGCGAAAAGUGUAAUCUCACGGCGGUUUCGGUAGCGUUGCCAACGUCCUCGGGCGAAGAGGAUGACGAAGGGCUACCACUGCCGCCCAGAUCGGACGCAGAGGAUGAAGACGAACGACGCCCACUGGUCAGUGAUGACAGUAUAGACGAAGCGGCGGCCACAACCGCCACAACCAUUACGGUCACGGCCACGAUGGCCCAGUCGGCCGAUGCCAUCAGUAUCGAGGAAGCGUUGCGUGCUUUAGAUAUUGCGAUUGAGGGUGAAGAGGACGCAGAUGACGACGACGACGAGGACGAGGACGACGAUGGAGAGGAUGAGGGCCAAGCUACACCGUUGAACGAAAGCGAUGGCUCACUGUCACCGUCCAUCUACUCCGAACCACCCCCAGACCCGGACGCCCAGGUGCUUACACGGGAGGAUGUUGAACGGCAGGCGACCGAACUGGUGGACGAUGUGCUGUACCAGUGCCAGUACAUGAUACAGAUGAUGGACGCUAACGGCAGUAACCUGUCCCCGUUGGAAGCGGACGACUUUUCACCCACCGGUUCGCGGGGGAACAUUUUCGACGGAUGGGGUAAUCUGGAGCUGGACGGUAAUGUGUCCUUUGCCGCGGUAGACGACGAUAACGACGAUUGGUGGAAGGGAUCGUUGGAACCGUUCGAAAGGGAAGGAGAGGACAGCGAGCAGUGGAAUCAUCGUGCCGGUAACGAUCCAUUCCAGGACGAUCAUACGUUUGAUCUGCUUCGUCAACAGCUGAGCCAAUUGCUGCCACCGCAGGGCAAUGACGGUGCUGGCGCGAUUGGCCGUACCGAGAAUGGUGAUCAUGAUCAGGCACUCGGUGGCGGUGGUAGUCCAAAAGUAUUUGACCUGGGCGGUAUUAACGAUUACGAUCGGCCUGAACGUGAGACGGAGGAAAACGAAAUCAUUAUCAACUACAAUCGUUCGCUGUCGCCCAUUUUGGAGGAAAACGAGGACGAAUGCAGUUUGCCACCGUCGAUCAGUGUCGCACACUGUUCCAACGUUGUGGAGAGUACGAUAAUAAGCACCGAGGGUCCGGUGGUGUGCGAAGCGACCGAAUCCGUGCCAGCCCUUGCCAGAAGAAGCUCUCUGACCGCGUCGAACGACACACUGUUCAACCUGGAGGACGUGCUGGAGGAUCGUUGCCUAACCCCGCAGGACGAUACAUUCCCGGCGAGCAGUAGCGGUAGCAGCAACCACGCAUCACCACGUACCAUGCUGGCGAUCGACGCAAACGGGGACCAUGCGGGCAGUGGGUUAGAAAAAUUGUACACCUUCUCAUCACGACUCUUGGCGUCAUCGGCUAGCGUUGACGAUCACCACGUACUUCAUCACCAUCAUCAUCAUCAUCACCCUUCACAGCGGCAUCACGUCCAUCUGCUGUCGUCCAUCUGUUUGGACGAUCUAAGCGUUGGUGAUAUUAUGGAAUCGCCACCACCGCCUCCACCACUACCAGCGGCGAUCGGGGGUAGUGGGGGCACGGCUGGGGCAGGCGGCAACGGCGCGGGCGGACUACUCAUGGCCGAGACAAAACAGGAUCUUCCCUCAUCGGCCUAGAAUCCACACGUUUUCAUUUGUCUCUUUAUCUAGUAGAUCUGAUCCACAGUGGCGGUGGACAUUCGUGGUGGAUUCGUGCCGUCAUCUCCUCAUCUAGACAACACCCCCCCCCCCCCCCCCCCUUCCUCCCUUCACACACCAUUUCACAACGAAGGCAGUGUGCGGCAAACAAAUGUUAGUUACAGAGUUGGUACAUAAAUGUGUAGGUUUCCGUUGAGUAAUUGUUAACACACACACACGGCAUUGUACAUCACACAUCUACCUUCUACCGACUUUUCCUUUUUGCUAGGAAAGCGAGGUUUCCCGGCAAAGGGAACUCGGGAAGCUUUCUUCCUGCUGUGAGCUAUGAGGGCUGACGUCGUUACGUCCGUUGAAGAUAUGUAUGUAUAUUUGUGAUCUGCCGUUUGGUAGGCAUUAUGCACCUUUAAGAUCAUCCGCCAGUGGUGUGCUCCCGAGGUGUACUGGCCGAGGAUUGUGAAUAUUGCGGUUGUUUAGUUAAUUCUCUCCCGUAAGCCCCCAGCCCCGAGUGUGUGAGAAACUCAGUUGAACAUUUAGUUACUUAUUGAAUAGUGUCAAUUCUAUACCGUACAACAUAAGCAAAACCAUUCACCAUUCAACUUAUCUUACCCGCGCAUAUGUAUGUAUGAAUGUAUGUAUGUAUGAUAAAGCUAACCAUACUUUGCACCGAGAAGGAUUCCUUCCUCUCUAACCAUUCGUUAUUUAUUCACCGACUCAUUUACCGGAUUGGAUGGUGGUAAUGAGAGCGUGAUCACACACACACACAACAUGAGCGACGUAUGGCCACCCUUUAAUUUUCCUCCUUCACUGAUGUAGCCUACGGAAACACGGUCCAAGCUAAUGAAAGCGACACCCGUUUGUUCGUUUUUUUUUUUUUGUUGCCUUACACAACCUAGGUACGGAAGGCGUGAACUUUCCUGUAAGAAAAUAGAAAAUGUGACAAAAUAGAUUGCCUAAGAUUUGUAAACUAUUAAACUAAUUGAUAAUCGAACUGGAAA